CCUCUCCCCCUCAGAGACGAUCUCCGUGUGGAAUCAGAAACCGCGAAUCCUGAUCGACGACGUCGAACUGGAAACUCUGAAAUCUCUGGAAAUACGUAGUUUCUGCGGGGAUUCUGGUUAAAAUCAGCCCGGAGGGUGACUGGGGGAUCGAACCUCCACCCGGGGGACACUUUACCCCCGUAUUUACCCUCACAGAACCGAAGGUGGUCAUGGUGAUCUGAUCCGUCUCUCAUGGAUCCUUCAGCUGAUCCUCCCUUCACUGAACCCUGGAGUCACCAGUCAGGGGUUUGGACCCAGAGACCCAGUGAGACGGACCAGAUAUUGUGAUACCAGCCUGAGAACCAGAACCCGUCGUCCCUCCGUCUGAAGGUUCUCCAGGACCGGGUCGUCCUCCAGGACCGGGUCGUCCUCUGGGCCAGAACCUGCCGUCUAGACGGCUCUGCUCCGGCCCGGUUCUGGUUCUGAGUCAUCGUCCCGCUGCAGGAUGGCAGGUCUUUGCUGUCUGGCUGUGACGGCUGCUCUGCUGCUUUUACCCAGAACUGAUGCUGCGGGCCAGAACCCGGACCACGUCCUGCAGGGGACCGGGGUGAAACCCGAGGCCCGCUGGCCCAGUGAGGACUCCACGGUGGCCCCGGAGGAUCUGCCCCGGUUCCUCAGCUGCUACUGCUCCGGUCACUGUCCUGAUGACAGUACCAACAACACCUGCUGGACCAACGGCCAGUGCUUCGCCAUCAUCGAGGAGGACGACCUGGGAGAAGUUCUGCUCACCUCCGGCUGCAUGAAGUACGAGGGGUCCGACUUCCAGUGCAAGGACUCUCCCAAGGCCCAGACCAGGAGAUCCAUCGAGUGCUGCAACACGGACUUCUGCAACCGGGACCUGCAGCCCACGCUGCCCCCGGAGGACCCCUCGGAGGGAAGCCCCCACUGGCUGGCCUUCCUCAUCUCCAUGACGGUCUGCUGCUGCACGCUGGUCUGUGUCACCGUCGUCUGCUACUACAGGUACAAGUGGCAGGCGGAGCGGCAGCGUUACCCCAAAGAUCUGGAGCAGGAGGUUUUCAUCCCGGUUGGAGAAUCUCUCAGAGACCUGAUCCACCAAUCACAGAGCUCCGGCAGCGGCUCGGGGCUCCCCCUGCUGGUCCAGAGAACCAUCGCUAAGCAGAUCCAGAUGGUGCGUCAGAUCGGUAAAGGCCGGUACGGGGAGGUCUGGCUCGGCCGCUGGAGGGGAGAGAAAGUGGCCGUGAAGGUUUUCUUCACCAGGGAGGAAGCAAGCUGGUUCAGAGAGACGGAGAUCUACCAGACGGUUCUGAUGAGACACGAGAACAUCCUGGGCUUCAUCGCGGCCGACAUCAAGGGCACCGGCGCCUUCACGCAGCUCUUCCUCAUCACGGACUUCCACGAGCACGGCUCCCUGCACGACUACCUGAAGCUGACCACGCUGGACACGGCGGCGCUGCUGCGGCUCGCCUUCUCGGCCGCCUGCGGCCUCUGCCACCUGCACACGGAGAUCUACGGCACGCAGGGGAAACCGGCCAUCGCCCACCGCGACCUGAAGAGCAAGAACAUCCUCAUCAAGAAGAACGGAACCUGCUGCAUCGCUGACCUGGGGCUGGCCGUCAAGUUCAACAGCGACACCAACGAGGUGGACGUCCCCCUCAGCACCCGCGUGGGGACCCGGCGCUACAUGGCCCCUGAAGUUCUGGACGAGUCGCUGAACAAGAACCACUUCCAGGCUUACAUGAUGGCCGACAUGUACAGCUACGGCCUGGUGGUGUGGGAGAUGGCCCGGCGCUGCGCUACGGGGGGCCUGGCGGAGGACUACCAGCUUCCCUACUACGACCUGGUUCCGUCUGAUCCGUCCUACGAGGACCUGCUGGAGGUCGUCUGUGUGAAGGAGCUGAGACCAACGCUGUCCAACCGCUGGACCGGGGACGAGUGCCUGCGGUCGUUGCUGAAACUCAUGUCCGAGUGUUGGGCCGUCAACCCGGCGUCCCGUCUCACCGUCCUGCGGGUCAAGAAGACGCUGGCCAAGAUGGUGGAGUCGCAGGACAUCAAGAUCUGACCAGGACCCUGAAGGGGGCCGGAGGACCGGACUGGAGAACCGGACCGGAACCAGGACCCGCUCUGGAGGGGGCGGAGCCAGGACCCGGGACUCCGCCUCCUCCUCCACCGCCGGCGCCGCCACGCUUUCUGUGAAAGCCAAACAAACUAUGCUAGUCAAGUGGGAGGGAAGGGGGCGGGGCCAAGGGAGAUAAGCCCCGCCCCCUCGGGAAGAAGCCCCGCCCCCAGCAGCCUCCUCUCCAGGACUGAGUUGCUGCCAUCCGGACCCGAGUCCUGAUUCUGGUCCUGACCUGGACCCGAGUCCCUGUAGCUCCUAGAAUGUAGUAAUUUCCUGAAAAUGUAAUAAAACCCAAUAAUGUAAUAAAAUAUCCUGACUGAUAUUGUAAUAACAUUUUUACCGACAAUAUAAUACCUUAUUACUUUAUUGGGAAUUUAUUACAUGGAACUCAAAGUCGGAAAUUUAACCCAAUAUUCAUUCUGGUGUUUAAAUCCAGCGUAUAAAACAUUAUUAGAUAAUUAAAACACAAAAUGUAGAACUCUGGACUGAAAAUUAACAUAUAUAUUACAUUAUUUGUCAAGUAUUACAUUAUCAGUUUUGGAAGAAAAAAAAGACCCACCUGAAAAUGUAAUAAAUUCCCAAUAAUGUAAUAAGGUAUUACAUUAUCGGUAAAAAUGUUAUUACAAUAUCAGUCAGGAUAUUUUAUUACAUUAUUGGUGAAGUUAUUACAUUAUUGGAUUUUAUUACAUUUUCGAAUGAGUUAAGUGCUAAUUUUAUUACAUUUCCAGACUUUAUUCCAUCACAGGAGCUACAGUUCCCCCUAGUUAACCAACGGUACUAUUCUCAUGUGAAUCUAAUGUGUAAAUAAAGUUCGGGCUACGCCGCCGCUAGGCUAGGCUAAGCCGCUAUGCUAGGCUACGCUAGGCCGAGGACCUGGACCCGAACCCGUCACCGUGAAGCCCCUCCCCCGGGGUGGUUGCCAUGGAGACGUCUGCCGUCCUGUUGGACCGUCUGUCCACUUCCUGUCCGUCUGCCUGUCGUCACGGAGCGUCUCAUUGGCCGGGGCUGCUGCUGGUGGGCGGAGCCUAGUCCUCGUAGCUCCUCCCACCGAGGCUCGGCCCGUCCAAUCAGAGCGGCGCUUCAUUUUAAUUGUUGACUUUUUGAUUCUCAUUUAUUCAGAAAUUUAAAGACGAUUUUUCGCUGAAAAAAACUGGAAGUUCAUGUUACACGCAGCAAGGGGGCGGAGCUUAUGUGUGGCCCCGCCCACCCGGCCUGCGGCGGUCACAGGCGGAGGAACCGGAACCAGAACCAGAGGAACCGUAGGAACCAGAACCAGAGGGAACCGGUUCCAAAGUUGGUGUGAAACCUGGAAGAGAAAAAUGUUUUUUUUUUGUUUUAUUUUUUACCUUUUGGAGGUUUUUUAUCGUCACCAGAUGUGGAGUUCACCGUGUUGCCAUGGAAACGUCAUUUAACGGUUUAAUCAGCUGUUUGGUCUGUUUUAUUUUAUUUCUUUAUUGAACAAACGUGAACAACGGAAGAGAUUUAAGUCGUUUGUCGUAAAUGUUGAACUUUGAAGGUUCUGACCCAAGUGGCAUUUUAUGUCUCCAUGGAAACGGGAUUUCUGAUAACUGAUCGGACCUGAAAAUGCAAAAGUAUCGAAUUAUAUUAUCUAUAUAUAUAUAUAUAUAUAUAUAUAUAUAUAUAUAUAUAUAUAUAUAUUAUGUGAUAAACUGCAGAUGGAGGCGGGUUCGGACCCUCGUCAUUCAUGACGUCACGCACAUUCAGAAGUGAAACGACAUCACAUAACAAACAUUUAAAUUCAUUUAAGUUUAUUUUUAUUUCCAAACUUCUGAACCACAAAGUCUUGCUAGAACCUUAAAACCUGAGAAACGUGUUCUGGUUCCACCGCCUGUAGCCGGCCGCUCCGCGGUCAUGUGACCCGCCUCCCAGCGUCGCCGUGGUAACCCUCACCUCUGAGCGUUGCCGUGGUAACCUGGUAACCCUCCGAUCCGGGGCGUUGCCAUGGUAACCCUCACCUCUGAGCGUUGCCGUGGUAACGGCGCCUGUCCCCCGUCAUGUUUCAGUGUUUGUUAUUUUGUACAGCAUCCGGUCUUGGAGCCUCAAACUCAGUAAACCGUCUGUUAAUGUACCGAUUUUUAAGUAAAUAACCUUAUUUUAGUA